AUGAAGAGUGAGUCAAAUAUAAGCAAGAGGGACACUAAAGAGAUAGAUGAUGUAAAUAUAAAUUCCUUUUCACAUAUUUCGGAUGAUGAUAUACCACAAUCACUACAAAGUACUAUAGAAGAUAUUCAGAAUCACUUUAAAAGCAUGUCACAAGCAAUAUUGAGUAGAAUUGAUGAUAUGGGUGCAAAGAUUGACCAAUUAGAAUACAUGUUAAAUGAUAUAGUAUCUGAACUAGAUACUAUUGAAAAUAAUAAGAAUAAUAAUAUCCUAGAAACAACUACUCAGAGUGAUUCUAAGUGUAUAGAUAAAGAUCAAACAACUUGA